CGCGCAAUGACGUGUCUGGCCGCAGCCAUUUUGAACUCGUCCGUCGAGCCACAUUUCGACGGAGCUAACCGUUUCGAGAGCAGCUUUUUCUCCGCAACUCCGCUGUAAAAGAAACACAAACAUGUCGACGGGUGACUUUCAAAACAAGUACGCUUCCUUUAUGGAGGGCGUCGUGAAAAGCACCAUCGCGGAAACCACCAAACUUUUUGAAACGUUGGUAGACGAAUUAAAGGCGGAACUAGCGAAGGUGAAGACGGAGAAUGAGGCCCUGAAAACAACAUGCAGAAAAAUGGAGGAUGUAAUCGGCAAGUUGGAGCGCUCUAACAUGCGGGACGCCGCUGUUCAAUGUGAACUUCAUCCUGACCAUGUGUUGCUGAUGCCGCAAGAAGCGGAGCAAAGCACAGAAGAACAAGGGCAGCAACAGCAAAUUGUGUACAUCCUGCUAAACAACUACAACACUGCAACACAAGAAACUUCAACGGUGACAGUGUCACCUUCAAACCAAGAGGUUUCUGAACCGGCUGUGGUCGGCACACAGAUGAUAUACGCAGUUGCAGAUCCACAACCAACUUUGGCUUGUGUAAAAGAAAUGGAAGUCCCUCGGGCUGGCCAGCAAUGUCCAAUUGAAGAGGUCAGAAGUUAUGACACUCAAGUGACCGCAGUUCACCCCAGUUUGGAAAAGGAUCAAUAUUUGCACAAGGCAGAGAAUCAGUCCAUAGAGACAGUAAAUUACAUUAAUCCACCAACACCCAUAAGUAGUAAAUUGGAAAUGGCAUCCUGUGCUGGUCAAGUAUUAUCUCAAAUGGGGACCCAACAGUUGGUGGAAACCCAGGUUCAACUUGAGUUACCAUCCCUUGGUCAAAGACCAAUAUACAAACAAGAAGCUAUGACUGCUUGUGGCCCCGCAACUGACCAGAGACUUUCAACUGAAGAGCUCAGAAAAAGCCAGAACACUCUAGUGACUACAGUCCAGCCUUGUUUUGAACAGGAUGAAAAUUCAAACCAGGCACAAAAUCAGUUGACAGAGACUGUCAAUGUUCUCAACUCACUCAUUAAACAGAGUGGUUACACGGUUGUGGCACCUAAUGUUGGUCAACUAGUACCUGAAUUCAAGACCCAAGAAUCGGAGACAUUACAGGUUCAACUACUGAGUCCAUCUUUCAAUGAAACCGUUGAUAAAAAAGCAGAGGAGGAGAACAUUGAAGCAACGCUGUUGAAGAAACAAGUACAGGGACAACAGCUCAAAUGCAGCCCAAUGGAGCACGGGCCCAAAUGUGACACGAAAGGACAACAAACCAAACUCAGGAGAGAAAGAAAACAACCUUCAGAAAAAGUGAAACACCUGCAAAACAUCCCAAAGAAAAUGCUUUGGUCCCCUUCAAGUGAUACUGAAGGUGCUUCACGGAAUGAAGCCACUUCACCUCAGCCUAUGUCUCAUCCGCUCGAGACAGGAAGCAGCACUGUAAUGCUUCAGGAUGCAAUGCUACUUGUUGAAGCAAUGGAUCAGUCAAAGAACCUUAUCUCCCAACAAGAAAAGGUCCAAGACCGGUGUUCUCUUUCUGCAGCAACUUUGCCUGUUGUCCAAUCUCCAUUACCUACCCAGGCAUUGCUAGUACAAUUGCCACCAACUGCUAAGUUGUCAACAAACAAGGCAUGUUCUGUCACUGAUGCAACAAGUUCCAGCAAUGAUCAGUCCCAGAUUAGCGUUCAGACUGUACCCCAGCCUAAUCCAGGUUCUGAUUCUUUGGACAUGACAACUAAACUGUCGGCGACUGCUACUGCAAGCAAAUCAGUUGAGCAGUGCGUGCCCCUUAUUUCAGAUCUAUCGGCGUAUCCAUUAGAGACGACACCGAACUCAGAUCUUCUACCCUCAAAUAUCAUUGCUUUUAACGAACCGCCAUCCCCUCAUCCACAGUGUACGAGUUCGCCUCGGUUCUCAACCCAGAUCUCAGAUUUCGUCUCAACAACUGCUGCUUCCCAAGAUGGUUGUACAUCUCCAGCAUCUUCAGGACUUCCUCAAAGGGAAACAGAGGUUACUUCCACAGUAGCUGCUCCACUCGUCGAGUCCGACACAACGCUCAGCUCAAUGAAUCAAAGUUCAGACCAGACACAGAGCAAAAAAAUUAAGAUAAUAAUUUGCAAAACUGCAGAGGCAUUGGGCAGGCCAGCACAAGUGUCCGAGACGCAAGUGGAACCUAAGGACCAGACAUCGGUUGAACCGACAGUCACGUUGUCAUCGCAGCAACCAAACAUGGGUAUUUCAGAUGAAACGCAAGCAUCAUCAGAACAGAUGUUGUUGGUUUCCCCCACAUUGACAUCCCCGCAACUGGAAUCUUCGUCAGAACAGUUGGCCGUUUGUGAAAUAACACCUGAGGAGAUGGCAGAGGUAUUGUCAACCGAGAAUGUACCCGCAGACAGUUCACCACUAGUCCCAGUUAUCAGAUUAAAACGACUGGCAAGUCUGGCAUUUCCAGCUGGAUCUCGUUUGCGUUCACAAAUAUUGUCUCGUCAAAGGGAAUCUGAGGCUGUCCCACUAGAGAGCACAUCAUCUUUGUUCGAUGACCAGGCUUCAGAAACGACUGUCUCUCCAUCAGAGGUGUCUGAAUUGUCAACCUGCAUGCGUCCCAGUUCAGAAGAAAUUCCAAAUAACUCCUCACUGCCAGAAGAGUCAUCACCUUGCUCCACGUUGGAGGAGGCACCAGACAUUGUUUUGCUGCCCUCUUCACCUUCCAGUGUGUCUGAGCCUGUUUUGAACUUAACACUGGACUCUGACGACGACUUUUCAGCUUUAUCUGCACAAGAAAGUCAAACUUCCACACCGAUUGCAGAAAUGAUCAACAAUGCUGAGCAGAAUUCUAUUUCUGGACAUGGCAAUUCUACUAAUUCUACUAGUCCUGUGCAAUUGACACCCCUUACCGAGGACUUACCAGAACCUGAUCUACAACCGACCAAAACUGAUUUCCUUGCACAGUUGGAAAUAUCACCUGUAUUAAAAGAUGCCCAAAAGGAGUCCACAGGUGACCAAAGUCCAUGCGAGGGGAUCAGUAGCGAUUGCCAGAAAAAGGCACAGAGACUAUCCAUUGUAACCCGUCUCGGACUUCACCUGAAGAAGACGAUGCUUGGUAAAAGAAAGAGAAACGCAGAGCCACCGACAGAAAGCCCCAAGAAAACCAGAUUGGACAACGUGAGUACUGCUGAUCAAGAAUCGACCCAAGAGUCUGUUCCUGUUUGUGCAAAUACAACCAGUCCCCAGAGUCUCACAGCAACAGAGUUUUCCCAAGGAAGUCCCCAUAAUCAACGGAGUAAAGAAAUCAGUUACCCCACGAUCAAGUCCGUUUCUGCCAACCCUCGAAAGCCUGUUGUAAGCUUGUGCAGGCUUGCUCUCAAAGGCUCUACCGAAAGCGCUCAGGUUUCCGCCUCGCUGCCACAGAAUGAAGUCAACUCUGGUGAUGUAAGCCCACCAAAAGAUGCAUCUGAAUCUUGCGGCCUAAUAGUUGGGGAUACUACUGAACGUGUUUCAAUAAACUCUGCAAGUGAAGCUGGUGCAAACAAACGUUUCGAGUCUGCUGUCAGUCUAAGAUCAAAUUCAACCACAAGUACAACUAGCGUAGCAAAGAAGAAAUUAUCAAAGCAGACACUUUCUACCGAUAAUGCAGUCUCUGAUAAAUCUGGAGAUUCAAAUCAGAGUCCCGGCUCAGGUUCAAUCGAAGAUACAGUUACCCAAUUAUCAACGCCCCCUUCUAUGGUCAGCGGAAAGCCGAGGAAAUGUAGACGAGAGAAUAAUCCGAAUGAAUUAAAAGCUACUACUGUGCGUCUCAGGUCAAGUACAACUAAGGAUUACGGUCGCCCUGAGACUCGGUCUCUCAAGGCAAAUUCUGGUGUUAAAAAGAACCGUAGUCCCAAAGGCCACUCUACCCAUAAAAAUAUUGCUUCUCUUCCCAUGAAAAACAUAAGUAGAUCUUUUCCCAGCCCUAAAAAUUCCAGGUCAUUGUCUGUCCGUCAGAAGGACACCAGUCCUGUCAAAGAUCACACCAGCUCUAAACAGUCAGAAUUACCGACUGUUAGUCAGGAGAAGUCCAAUUCCGUUCAAAAUGUUACUAGCAACGAUCAGUCACAAUUACCAACGGUCAGUCAGAAAGAAUCCAGUUCUGUUAAACAUGUUUCCACUCCCAAAAAGUCUCAAUUACCAGCUGCCAGUCAGACUAAAAAUGUCACCCAUUUACCAGCCGCCAGUCAGAAAGAAUCCAAUUCUGUUAAAAACGUUACCACUCCCAAAAAGUCCCAAUUACCAGCUGUCAGUCAGAAAGAAUCCAGUACUGUUAAAAAUGCUACCAGUCCCAAAAAGUCUCAAUCACAAGCCGCCAGUAAGACUAAAAAGGUUACCCAUUUACCAGCUGCCAGUCAGAAAGAAUCCAAUUCUGUUAAAAACGUUACCACUCCCAAAAAGUCCCAAUUACCAGCUGUCAGUCAGAAAGAAUCCAGUUCUGUUAAAAAUGCUACCAGUCCCAAAAAGUCUCAAUCACCAGCCGCCAGUCAGACUAAAAAGGUUACCCAUUUACCAGCCGCCAGCCAGAAAGAAUCCAAUUCUGUUAAAAACGUUACCAGUCCCAAAAAGUCCCUAUUACCAGAUGACAGUCCGAAAGAAUCCAGUUCUGUUAAAAAUGCUACAAGUCCUAAAACGUCACCAAUACCUGAUGUCAGUCAGAAAAACUCUAAUUCUGUUGAAAAUGUUGCCGGUCCCAAAAAGUCCAAAUUUCCAACUGCCACUAAGAAACAAUCCCCAUCCGCUAAAAAAGUUACCAGUCCCAAAAAAUCCCAAGUUCCUGCGGCCAAUCAGAAAGAAUCCAGUUCUGUUAAGAAUACCACCAGUCCCAAAAAGUCCAAAUUACCAGUUGUUACUAUUAAAGAAUCCAGUUCUGUUAAGAAUGUAACCACUCCUAAAAAAUCGAAAUUACCAGCUGUCAGCGAGCAAGAAUCCAGUCCUGUUAAAACUGUUACAAACCCCAAAAAGUCGUCAUCAACAGAGGUAAACCAGAAAGAGUCCAGUUCUGUUAAAAAUGCUAUCGAUCGCGAGAAGAUCCAAAUACCGCCCGUCGGUCCCAAUGGUCCCCUUUUAUAUCGAAUUAUUCCUCUCACUGAAUUAAUGGCUGCUCGUCAGAAAGAGGCCGAAAAUCAUAGCGGAUCCAAAAUUUCCCAAUUACCUACCACCAGUCAAAACUUGUCCGCUUUGAGUCAAAAUUCUCCCAGAGCGGAAACCUCGAACGACCACCCUCCCAGAAGUAGUAGUUCUUCAAAAAGAGAGAAAUCCCCAAAACGGGCACAUCAUUCAUCACCUGGGAAAACUUCUCCCCAGAGUCUUCGGUCAGCAAAGUUGGCCGCAUCAAGUAAAACUGACAAAAGACCCCCCAAGAAAGCGAGAAAGGGAGAAAAGGAUUUGAUGGUAACGAAUGCGACCAAAUCCAAGGGCAUGGCGCUAGCACAACAAAAGAGAUCGAAGAAAAGACGGCAGGCAAUGCAAGGUGCUUCUCCAAGUCAAAUUGUUGUUGGUCCUGAGAAACCGGACUCUGCGAGCGGCGUUACCCCGCCGAAGCCGAGCCAGCCGCUUCUUAAGAACCAGUGCGGCUACUGCGGUCGCGUUCUCAGCGGCGGGUGCGCCCUGGAGGCUCACAUCAGUCUCCACACGGGUUACCGCCCCUUCCGUUGCGUCAUGUGCAACAAGACCUUCCCUGACGGCAAGGGUCUAAGACGGCACGUCAGGGUGCACAGCAGCGGGCGCAUGCAUAUUUGCCAGCAGUGCGGGAAGGGUUUCGUCUACGGUUUCGGACUCACGAAGCACGUCCAGAUGGUCCACGGCAAACUCAAACCCUUCGUCUGCCAGAUCUGCGACAAGGCUUUCUUCACCAAGCGAGAUGUGGAGACCCACAUACGCAGCCAUACGGGGGAGAGACCCUUCGCUUGCCACUUAUGCGAAAAAAGAUUCGCGAGGCGGAUGGAACUCAACGUGCAUCUGAGGUGGCACCGCGGGGAGAAACGACACUGGUGUCCGUACUGUGGCAAAGGCUUUUUAGACCAGAACAACCUAAAAAGACACAAGUACAUCCAUACUGGAGAGAAACCACAUUCCUGCCCGCAUUGCCCCAAACACUUUACACAGUCGGGACACCUGAAAAAGCAUGUAAAAAAUGUGCAUAAAAUUCAGUAAGCUAGAGUUUUUAAUCGCGCUAUUUCUAAUAACAUAUCUUACGACAGGUUUUAUAUACGUGCAGUGAAUUGCAUUUAGAUAAUGGAUGUAGAUGUGGUCUUGUUUGUAUUUUUGAGUGGUAAUAACAGUUUUAAAAAAUGUGAAUUUCCCUCUUUGGUUUGUUCUAGAAUAGGACUUCCACGGUGACCUCAGAAUUGUCUAAAUUCUCAUGUUUGAGGCUGUUAACUGUCAAUACUGGGUUCGUACGGGUCCUUGAAAUCCUCGAAAAUGCUUAAUUUUAUUGUUGUCUUUUCAAGGUUUGAAAAAUGCUUUGCAAAGCCCUUGAUGCUUGGAAGUGUUAGGCACAGUAUUUCUCAACACCCAGUCUAAAAAUGUAAGUUAUUAAAUGAAGAAAAAGAAAAUAAAUUUGCUUCAUUGCUGAUA